UGCGACGUAACGUCAGUUUUUUCACGUACGUAUUUUGUAAACACUUGUUUGUCCGAAUCAAGUAAUUUCAUAAUACUUUCUCGCAUUUCUUGCAAUGGACGAAGAAUAUUACAGCAAUUCUGCCGAAUGGGAUGGACACGAUAGAAACAUGGAGGAUGGAGAUGCUGAAGCUGAUGAAAAAAUGCAGGCGGAAUGUCUACAGAAAUUCUCAAGUAGAGACUAUAUCAUGGAGCCCACCGUGUUUAACACCUUGAAAACAUAUUUCCAGGCUGGCGGUUCACCUGAGCAUGUCAUCCAGCUUCUGUCGGAAAACUACUCUGCUGUGGCACAGACAGUGAAUCUGCUUGCAGAAUGGCUCAUUCAAAUGGGUGUGGAGCCCGCACAGGUACAGGAGCGCGUGGAGAACCAUUUAAAGAGUCUGUUAAUCAAACACUUUGACCCUCAGAAAGCAGAUUCAAUCUUCACCGUUGAAGGAGAGACACCAGCAUGGCUGGAACAGAUGAUAGCACACACAACAUGGAGAGAUCUGUUCUACAAACUGGCUGAAGCACAUCCAGACUGCCUGAUGCUUAACUUCACAGUCAAGUUGAUUUCAGAUGCAGGAUAUCAAGGGGAGAUCACAAGCGUGUCUACGGCCUGUCAGCAGUUGGAGGUUUUCUCCAGAGUCCUUCGUACGUCUCUCGCGACACUGCUGGAUGGUGGAGAGCAGAACCUGGAGAAGAAUCUGCCUGAAUUUGCUAAGAUGGUGUGUCAUGGUGAGCACACAUACUUAUUCGCCCAGGCCAUGAUGUCUAUCCUCGCUCAGGAAGAGCAUGGCGGCUCUGCCAUGCGCCGCAUCGGACAGGAAGUGCAGAGAUUCGCCCACGAGAGGGGACAUGAUGCCAGUCAGAUCACAUUAGCGCUGGGCACAGCUGCCGCUUACCCACGUGCCUGCCAGGCUCUUGGUGCCAUGCUGUCUAAGGGGGCACUGAACCCAGCAGAUAUCACAGUUUUGUUUAAGAUGUUCAGUAGCAUGGAUCCACCCCCUGUAGAGCUGAUCAGAGUGCCUGCCUUCUUGGAUUUGUUUAUGCUGUCACUAUUUAAACCUGGUGCUAAAAUCAACCAGGACCAUAAACACAAAUACAUCCAUAUUUUAGCUUAUGCAGCUAGCGUUGUGGAAACAUGGAAAAAGAAUAAACGUGUUAAUAUAAAUAAGGACGAGCUGAAGUCAACCUCCAAGGCCAUAGAGACGGUUCAUAAUCUCUGCUGCAAUGAAAACAAAGGAGCUACUGAGCUAGUGGCAGAACUCAGCACAUUAUACCAAUGUAUAAGGUUUCCAGUUGUAGCAAUGGGAGUGUUAAAGUGGGUGGACUGGACAGUGUCCGAGCCGCGGUACUUUCAGCUGCAAACGGAUCACACUCCUGUACAUUUAGCCCUGCUGGAUGAGAUCAGCACGUGCCACCAGCUUCUUCAUCCUCAGGUGUUACAGCUGCUGAUUAAACUGUUUGAGACGGAACACUCACAGCUUGAUGUCAUGGAACAGCUGGAGCUGAAAAAGACUUUACUGGACCGCAUGGUUCACCUGCUGAGUCGCGGUUAUGUUCUUCCAGUGGUCAGCUACAUCCGCAAAUGUCUCGAGAAACUCAACACGGAUAUUUCACUCAUCAGAUACUUUGUUACGGAGGUUCUGGAUGUAAUCACACCUCCGUACACUUCCGACUUUGUCCAGCUGUUCUUGCCCAUUCUAGAGAACGACAGCAUAGCAGGAACAAUCCGCACUGAGGGAGAACACGACCCUGUGGCUGAGUUUAUUGCUCACUGCAAGUCCAACUUCAUCAUGAUGAACUGAGACCGUGAUCAUCUGCAUUGGUGGUCAUUUUGAAAACUGGGAUUUGCAACCAAAAUGCGAUUGGCCAGCAAUGAGUGCU